AUGCGAUAUUAUACGGGUAUUUCAAAUAGUUUUCCAGGUGGGUUAUUUGAACAUGUUCGUACAGUGUCAUUGUUUGAUGAACGUCCUUUUGAACAUGAAUUUUUUCUUCGAAUUCAAAAGUCAUUUCCAUUUAUGGAAGAAUUAUUUUUGGACAAUGAUACAGCACAAAACCGAAAGCAAUCUUAUCAAUCAAACAGCGAUACUCAAAAUUUAUCACUUAUUGAAUACACUUCUCUAUACAAACUUUCUAUUAAUACUGUUCAUGAUGAUUAUACAGAAGAAUUUCUUCUUGAUGCCAAAACGUAUUUACAAAAUAAUCUUAUUCUUUUUGUCAGUUAUGAAUCUUUACAACGAGUAACAUAUAAUUUCAGUAGAGAUGCUACUCGAACUAAUUGUAGUAAAAUAAGUAAAUUACAUUUAUGCGAUCGAGAAAGCCGUUGCAAUUCUUUAGAGGAAUAUUUUCCUAAUGCAAAAAUAUGUUAUUUAUUUGAGUGA